CUGGAGCAGGCUGCAUCCUUUGUGCGGCGCUCGGGCUGCGCCGCGGAGGCACGGGACAGAAUGUGGGCUCCGCGGGGGCUCUUCUCUUCUGCCCAAACUCUGAAAACAAUGGACCGAAAGGGGAGCAUGAACUGAGGGGCGCGAGCGGGGAGGCGAACUGCACAGGGAAAUCAUGACUUCUGCCGCCGAGAUCAAGAAGCCACCAGUGGCCCCCAAGCCAAAGUUUGUGGUGGCAAAUAAUAAGCCAUCUCCUCCACCUAUUGCACCUAAACCUGAUAUUGUGAUUGCUAGUGUUCCACAGUCAGCAAAGAAAACCAAACCAGCAAUCGCACCGAAACCAAAAGUUCUGAAGAGCUCACCUGUUCGAGACAUUGGGUGGUCAUCAAGGAAAAUCACCGUGACCCUGGAAGAGCAUAAACUGGAAUUACCUGAAAGCAGUGACAACGUGAAUUGCAAAAAUGUAGAGGAUCAGAGCAGUGAUUACAUUUUACCAAUAUGUUCCUGCAGUUCUGAAUGUGUCCAUAAGCUUGGGAAUAGAGAAAAUUUGUAUGUAAAACAGCUUGUUUUACAGCCCCUGGAAAUGAAAGAAAAUUUACAAAAUAGUAAAAUUGAUGAAUCCUCUUUGACGAUAAAAACCAGAAGCAAGUGGGAUUCUCAUGGCGAAAAGCACAGGAGCCAGAGUGGAGUAAUUUUAAAGGCAAGCAUCCUAGAAGAGAAGCUCAAAGAUGUGUUAACACAACAGGUGUCACCUGUGAGUUCCCUGCAGAAGCACAGAUCCACAGACAAUCCAGAAAUGAAUGGUGGCUGUAAUUCCAAUAGACAGUUCAGAAUUGAACUUGCAGAUCUGUCACCUUCUCAGUCCAGCUUUGAAAAACUUCCUGUUCAUCACAGCUGCCACGGACAGCUUCCUAGGGAUGAAUUUCAAAAUCCUGAAACUUGUCAGGACAGCAGUGAAAGUAGCAAUAAUCGCUGUCAUUCAUCUGAUCAAGAAGCUCUAGAAAAUGGUAAAAGGAAUACUUUUAUAUCCUCAGAUGGAGUUAGUAAGAAAACAGAAAUUGAAGACCUUGGUCCUUUAGAAAUUCACUUAGUACCAUGUACCCCCAAAUUUCCAACUCCCAAGCCCAGAAAGACACGCCCUGCUCGCCUGUUGCGCCAAAAGCAUAUAGACACUCCUAGUGAAAGUACUGAGGAACCAGAGAAUUUAAACAACAGCUCUUCUUGUCUUAUUGGAGAUAGUUUGGAAAACAAUAAAGUCAGUGUUUUUCAGAAUGUUUUAUGUAACCAGGAACAAGUGGACAGAGUGAAACCAGGAAAUAAUAGUGAACUGAAUAGUAACUCCAACAGUGACAGCCAAGAUUUAGUCAAUUCACAGAAAGCCACGUGUCAAGCCACAUCUUCCUUUGAAAAAGUGACACCUUCUUUAGAUACAGACUCUAAUUUGAGCUCUGAUGGCACAUCAGUAGAUGGUUCUAGUAUGGCACUUGCCACAGACCAAGGGACCAGUUUUAUAAGAUGCAGUACUCUAUCUUUGAGCCUGCCUAAGCAACUCAAAUUAACUUACAAUGAACAUCUGCCUACUGCGUCUAACUCGGGAGCAUCUGUCCCUCAAAUUCAAAAGGAAUCUGUAAUAAAAGAGGAAAGUUCCUCAAAAAUUGUCCCCAAGAAACCUCAGAGACACAGCUUGCCUGCUGCAGGAGUACUUAAAAAGGCUGCCUCUGAGGAGCUUGUAGAGAAAAGUUCGUAUCCCUCAAAUGAAGCAAAAAGUUCAGAGAAGGUUCUAGAAAGAAAUCGUUUGUGUGCCUCAAACCAUGGUAUGUCGUCCUCCUUUGACAUGCCUAAACGAACUUCAGAAAAGCCGGUGUGGAAAUUACCUCAUCCUAUUUUACCUUUUUUAGGGAAUCCAGAAUCCUUAAAGUCUGUUACUGUGUCCUCACAUAGUGAGCCUCCCACUGCCCUCACCAAGCCUAGAGCAAAAUCAUUAUCUGCUGUGGAUGUGGAGAGGUGCACUAAGCCUUGUAAAGACUCUCCAAAGAAAAACUCUUUUAAGAAGUUGCUCAACAUGAAAUUGUCCAUCUCUUUCAUGAAGAGUGACUUUCAGAAGUUUUGGUCCAAGAGUAGCCAGCUCGGAGACACAACCACAGGCAGUUGUGGGGAGCAGAAAGGGAUUGAAAGUGAUUGGCAUGAGCUCAUGGUGGGCGAAGAGAAAAGAAGUAAGCCCAUCAAGGCAUAUUCUGCAGAUAACUACAGCCUAGAAUCUCAAAAGAAGAGGAAGAAGUCCCGGGGCCAGACCAGCGCAGCUAAUGGUCUGAGAGCUGAGUCUUUAGAUGACCAAAUGCUCUCCAAGGAGUCAUCAUGUCAGGCGGUUUGCAGGUCUCUUAUAAGCAGCUGUGCACCGGAGUAUGAAAAUAUAUGCCAUUAUGAGGAAAUACCGGAGUAUGAGAAUUUGCCAUUUAUUAUGGCUGUAGGGAAAACUGGAGAGUUGGAAUGGCAGGAUUCCUGCAGUGGGGAGGACACUGAUGCAAAUGUGUAUGAGGUAGAAGAGCCCUAUGAAGCUCCAGAUGGCCAGUGGCAACUCGGACCCAGACACCAGCAUUUCAGCAGUUCUGGAGCAUCCCAGGAGGGACAGGAUGAUUUCGACCUCGGUCUUGGUGACCUGCCCUCCGAUGAGGAGGAAGUCAUUGACAGUUCUGAUGAAGAUGAUGUCAGCUCUGAGUCGAGUAAAGGAGAGCCUGACCCGCUGGAGGAUAAACAGGAUGAAGAUACUGGGAUGAAAAGUAAAGUUCAUCAUAUUGCCAAGGAGAUCAUGAGCUCAGAGAAAGUAUUUGUGGAUGUGUUAAAACUUCUGCAUAUUGAUUUCCGGGAUGCUGUAGCUCAUGCUUCUAGGCAACUUGGGAAGCCAGUGAUUGAGGAGCGGAUCCUAAAUCAGAUCUUGUACUACUUGCCUCAGCUGUAUGAGCUCAACCGGGACCUCCUGAAAGAACUGGAAGAAAGAAUGUUGAACUGGACUGAACAACAAAGAAUUGCUGAUAUCUUUUUAAAGAAGGGGCCAUAUCUAAAAAUGUAUUCUACGUAUAUCAAAGAAUUUGAUAAGAAUAUAGCUUUGCUGGAUGAGCAAUGCAAGAAAAACCCAGGUUUUGCUGCAGUUGUUAGAGAAUUUGAGAUGAGCCCGCGUUGUGCUAAUCUGGCCCUCAAGCACUACCUUCUCAAGCCGGUCCAGAGGAUCCCCCAGUACAGGCUGCUGCUCACAGAUUAUUUGAAGAAUCUCUUAGAAGAUUCUGGAGAUUACAGAGACACUCAAGAUGCCCUUGCAGUUGUUAUAGAGGUAGCGAAUCAUGCCAACGACACCAUGAAGCAAGGAGACAACUUUCAGAAACUUAUGCAAAUUCAGUACAGCUUAAAUGGACACCAUGAAAUAGUGCAGCCUGGACGGGUUUUCCUCAAAGAAGGAAUUUUGAAGAAGCUAUCCCGGAAGGUCAUGCAGCCCCGAAUGUUUUUCCUGUUUAAUGAUGCCCUGUUAUAUACAACACCGGUGCAAUCUGGGAUGUAUAAACUGAACAACAUGCUCUCGUUGGCUGGGAUGAAGGUCAGAAAACCCACCCAGGAAGCAUAUCAGAAUGAAUUAAAGAUUGAAAGUGUCGAACGCUCCUUCAUUCUCUCAGCCAGUUCUGCCACUGAAAGGGAUGAAUGGCUAGAAGCAAUUUCCAGGUCAAUAGAAGAGUAUGCCAAGAAAAGAAUCACCUUCUGUCCUAGUAGGAGUCUUGAUGAGGCUGACUCAGAAAAUAAAGAUGAAGUUAGUCCCCUUGGAUCAAAGGCUCCCAUCUGGAUUCCUGAUACCAGAGCCACAAUGUGUAUGAUCUGCACAAGCGAAUUUACUCUGACCUGGAGACGACACCACUGCCGAGCUUGUGGAAAGAUCGUAUGCCAAGCUUGUUCAUCAAAUAAGUAUGGCUUAGAUUACCUGAAAAAUCAACCAGCAAGAGUAUGUGAACAUUGUUUCCAAGAGUUGCAGAAAUUAGAUCGCCAGCACUUCCCUAAGAUUGGAUCUCCUGGGAAUCACAAAUCUCCUUCAAGUGCCUUAUCAUCAGUCUUACAUAGUAUUCCAUCAGGGAGGAAACAGAAAAAAAUCCCAGCUGCGCUCAAAGAAGUAUCAGCAAACACAGAAGAUUCUUCUAUGAGUGGCUAUUUGUACAGAUCAAAGGGCAAUAAGAAACCAUGGAAACACUUGUGGUUUGUCAUAAAAAAUAAAGUGUUAUAUACAUACGCAGCAAGCGAGGAUGUGGCAGCUUUGGAGAGCCAGCCUUUAUUAGGAUUCACUGUCACUCAAGUCAAAGAUGAAAAUUCAGAGUCUAAAGUAUUUCAGUUACUGCACAAAAACAUGUUAUUUUAUGUAUUCAAAGCAGAUGAUGCUCACUCAGCUCAGAAGUGGAUAGAAGCAUUUCAGGAAGGUACAAUAUUGUAGCAUAUUGGUUUCAUCUCUUCUGUGAUUCCAAGGAAGUGGGAUUUCAUCAGACUUGAGUAAAAGCAAUUCAAACAUUUUAUAAAAAUAAACACUGCCAAGAUAAAUCCAAUCAAACACUUCAUCAGAUACAAGAAAUUAUUUUGUUAGGUAUAAAGAGUUUUUUUUCAAUGUUUGCUUUUUCAUGUAUGUUAUUUAUUAAAAUUGUAAUGUUUACUUAAUGGUCAGAAUUGUUUCUGAGAUUCACACUGAAUUCUAAAGUACCAUUUUUUUUAGAGACCAGAAAACUUACCUUAAUAUUAUAUACAGUGUUAAUUAUUUGUGACACAGUUCACAUCAUUUUCUCUGCUUUUACAUUGUGACAUUUUCACUGGUGACAAAUAUUUAUAAGUAAAAAACACAUAUCAAGAAGCAAAUUUCCACGUGGUGCUUGAUUUAGAAAUUAUGAUUUUCAUAAAACUGCUGAUGAAAAAUGCAUGUCUUUGAAUUAAUAAACUUUGAUGAAUUGUUUUUUAAUCUUUCAAUGGAAAAACACAUGACCAGCUUCUACCUCAGUAACUGUGAAAUGAAAUUUCAGUAAAGUAUUUCUACCUUAUAUAUAUCUUCUGGCAUGAGUUAAUAUUAAUCAUCAAAGAAUUAUAACAAAGGGAUAGAAAUCUGAAUUUUUUUUUAACUGUGAGUAGGAAUAAAUAAGGAUGUUUUCAUUUGCAGAGACACAAGUAAUCAACUCUAUGGGCUUUUCAUUAAAUUGAGUAUUUUUUUUGAAUAGCAAAAUAAGGCAACUAUUAUUUUAUAUAAUAUUCCCUGCUAUUUUGAGAGUUCUGAGCCCAAGUCAAUGAUAGUAUUUAUAUCUAAAAAGAAUGUUAUGUUUCCUAUAAUAUUGAGCUUUAAUAAAUGAACUGGAAUUACCAUUUAGAAAAGCACAAAUUCUAAGCCAGUAUUAACUGAAAUUGUAUAGUAUUCUUUUUCAGGUCUUUUUAUACCAUUUGUGAUGUGACCUUGAUAAUAAAAUUCCUUUCUUUAACUGUCAGUUCACCGAUAUUGCUAAUUCUGGCACACUUAUUAUUUAAUAUAUGAACUACCUUGUGCAUAAAAUUUUGGAUCACCAAAAGAAAAAUGAAAUUAGCACUGUGAUUAAAGUUAUUCGAUAUUUAUAAUAUACAUUUUGUUGACUGAGUUUAAAUUAUAAAUUAUCUUAAAAGGCAAGGUUAUCUAUAGACUAUGUCAUUAAAGGGUAUAAGAAUUUUCUGCUUCAUUGUAAAGAAUUUUCUAAUUCAGUGUGAUACUGAUAGUCAAGAGAAUUAUCUCCUGAAUAUCUUCAUGGGGCCUUUUAGAUGCUGUUUGUUGCAAACAAACUAGAUCUAAAGUUGGGAGCUUUAGUUUUUUUCUGGUUAUUUCCUGCUAUGGCAUCGUCACAAUCCCUAUGCAGCCUUCCACACAAUCCUAACAUACUAUCCUCUCAAGUAUUUUUGUUAUAGCAGGUAAACUGAUAUUUCUUUGCAACUCACUUUAAUCAAGAUCACAUUCAUUAAGUUUUCCAUGUUAACCCCUCUGCAUUUUUAGUGUAUUAUUUUUGGAGGCCAAUGAAUACCUAAUAAGUAUUUCCUUCUGUUGCAUUGUCUGGCAUUUAGCAAGACAACAAAUUAUUUGGGGUUCUUAUCCCCGCCUUGAGUUAUCAGCCUCUAAAAUUUGGCAUAAGCCUCAGGAUCUAAACAUUACCAACCAGACUAUUCUGUCUUCAGCACCUGACUGAAUAAAGUCUAGCUCAGUGAGGUGACUUCUGUUUGUAAUCUUAUCAACUCGGGAGGAUUGCAAAUUCGAGGCCAGACUCAGGAAUUUAGCAAAGCCCUAAGCAACUUGGUGAAACCCUGUCUCAACAUAAAAAAAAAGGGCUGGGAAUGUAGCUCACUGGUUAAGUGGCCCUGGGUUCAAACUCCAGUACCCACCCCUCUAAACACACACACACACACACAUACCACAGCAAACACACAUACAUAGAUAAGACAAAGCUAGCACAGACUUAUAGUAUUUCUCCUUCUUUACAUGUGAAACUCAGUUAUAACUGUAUUAACUAUUCUCUUAGCCUCAUGGAGUGUUUUGAAAAAUAUAAAAUAGAAGAUAUCAGAUUAUCCUCCCCCAUAAAGAUGUGUUAAAUGUGGAUUCCCUUUCCUCCUGUGUCAGUCCUUCAUAACUUACUAAAGAUGACCAAUUAUUAUUUAUUUAAUCUGGCACAUUCAGUGCUGAGAACCCAAUUAUAUACAAUUUGCUGUAAACUUUUUAAAAACAUGUCUUGAUAGCAUUUUAAAGGAAAAAAUGAUGUGAGGUACAGUCUGUAAGAGGGGGAAAAGUGUAAGUCUCUAGAUCCCAAGAAUAUUAUAUUUGUUACAGAUACAUUUAUUUCCAUGAAACCCUUUGUCAGAGGUAGUUACAUAGCUAAGCUAACAAGGAUGCCGAAAAUAAUCUAGACAAGAGAUGCCUCUGAACUAGGGGAAAGGAGCAUGCUUAGCAAGCAUCCCCAACCAACUCUUCCUUUAUAUGUAGCAGUGGUAAUGCAGAGGCCACCUGAGUCCAAAGAAAGUGAGAAAGGUUCUAUGUCAUGAUCCCACUUGUCUGAACCUCUUUCCAAUUUCUUUUCCCAUUUUCUAAUGUAGCCAGUAUCUUCCUACUGUGCUUUGACUGCCCAAGAUACGGACUUACCUCUUUUUCAACUGAAUGCUUGAGUAUUUGGAAUUUGUUUUGUUUGGGGGGUUGCUGUUUUAUAUUUGUGAUAUUAGGGAUUGAAUCCAGGACCCUCACAUGCUGAGAUACACCCCUAUCCCCUCUUUGUUUGUUUAAUUUUGAGGCAGGGCCUCACUAAGUUCCCCAGGCUGGCCUCAAACUUGUGAUCCUCCUGCCUCAGUCUCCUGAUUAGCCAAAAUUAUAGGUAUGUGCCAUCCUGCCUAGACACUAGCUUUUUUUUUUUUUUUUUUUUUAAGGGAUGUUGGGGAUCAAACCCAGGGUUACACUAGGCAAAUUCUCUUCCACUGGACUACAUCCCCAGUCCUAGCAGCAUUUCUGUAAAUGAGAACAUCAGACCAACCCUUGAUUCAUCAUAAUUUAAAAUGAUACUACUGAGGAAGACUUUAUAAUUUUGUUAGACAGAUGUAUAUUUACUAUUUGGUUAAUAAAUACCUAGAAGAGGGGAAAGCCUCCUAUUUUGAUAAUUUAGUUAAAAUAUAAAUGUUUCCACAGCAUACAUUGAUAUCAUUUUGGGAUAUGCUUCCAUUGCUUUCAGGUUUUCAAAAGUUUGAGGUUCACUGUGGUCAAAUGUAGUCACCAUGAUUUUCAGAGAGGUAAACCCUAUUUCUCUUACUGUAGUGUACACUCCUUGAAGGCUGAUGCUGUAUCUGAUAUAUUGCUUUCUCCCACAGAACUUCCUUGGGUCUUUUCAGAGAAAACAUUCACUUGUACAGAAAAAAGUAGAACAGAAUUCUUAUCUACAAUUCAAACAUAGCCCCAAUGCCCUUGUUCAAACUCAGACCAUACACGACUCUCCAUUAUCCUGCGAGGCCACAUUUGCAACUACCUGUUGGGAUAUCUUCAUGAGUCCCCAAGCAGAUUAAUUUGUGUGACUAACACUUAACUCAUUUUCUUCCUAUUCAAGUCUGUUUACUUCCCUUUGUAAUAGGAAGAUACCACAUGAGGCUCCAGAAUCUGACUCCAGAUCUCAAAAAAGACUCUGUCCUUGCUCUUGUAUCUGUUCCCUCCUCAUUGUCCUCCUGUUGUUUUUGCAUAGGCCUGGCUCAAGUCCUUGGUACCUCUUCCCAGUGAUUGCAAUAACUUUUCUUUUCAUCUGGGACUGUAACUCCUUGGUGAAGCACUUGCCUAGACUGGGAGAGGCCCUGGCUUCAGUCCCCAACCCUGGAAAAAAAAAAACAUGAUUAAAAAACACUCAUUUUUCUUCUAAUUUCAUUGCCUUCUUUGUGUGAUGCAUUUUAAACACUGCCUGAGCAAUUUUUCUAAAAUUCUAGAAUUUUUCUAAAUUUCUAGAAUUCAAGAAUUCUAGUCUUGGUUCAUUCCUACUCUUGCAGCUUCCAGUGAUAUUCCCAGUGGUUUGGUGGAACCGAUCCUCAGGAACCAUACCUAACCCAGCAUGUCUCUGUCCACACCAUUUCUUUUUGUUUUUUCUUCUACCCCACCUCCCAUCUUUGCCUGUUUAUCCCAGAUGUCUUUGUCAUUUUCUAAAGGAAAAUAUUAUCUAUGAAUUUUCCCAUGUAAGAAAUAGUUUCUGCUAGAAUUUUUUUAGUUGAUUCUAGUCCCUUUCUCCUUUGUUCCAUUUGACUAGAUUCUCCUCUAUGCUUCUGUAGUCUUUUGUUCACAAACUUUCAUAUGAUUCUUAUCACAUUCUGUCCUUAGAGCAACUUUUCUUGUUCGUUUGAGAUUGCCCCACCACUUCUGGUAUAGUGCCUUGCAUGAAGUUAACACUAGGUAUUUCUUGAAAUAAAUUCCUUCCUAUGGAUCCCUAAAACGUGUCUCCAGUACACAUCAUUCUGCCGUGUAUGACACUUUUAAUGCCAUUUUCUAAAGGAAAAUAUAAUCUAUGAAUUUUCCCAUAUAAGGGAUAGUGUCUGCUAGAAUUUUUUUUUUUUUAAAGAUGAGUUAGUAGGAGAUUUUCAAAAAAAACUAAAUAUCAAAUUCCUUUUCUUUUUGGUAGGAGUUGGUCAUAACAUGUAAAAACACAUCUUGAAAAACUAUUUUUUUAAGUGACUUGUAUUUCUAGAAACACUUUCUACUUAAAGGGAUUAUAAUUUGUAUCUUAUUGUCCAUAUAGAGCGAUCGUUUAUAAAAAUUAGCAUUGUAAAUAUUGUUAAUAUGUAUUAUAUU